UCGGGAUUCUGUGAAGGUUGGGCGUUGGGCCAGGCUGGAACGAUGAACGUGAAUGGAGCCGAAUGGACACAUUGGGACCAAAAGGAUCAAAGAAGGCCUGUGAAUUUUUUUAGGACUGGUGGAAACUUGCGAGAUUCCUAUGGAAGGCCAGAGGAAAAAGUGCUUAUCAAUCGUCAUGAAGUCACAAUUAGCAGAGAUGCCUGGGACAUGCAGGAGUUCAUCACUUACAUGUAUAUCAAGCAGCUCCUGCGACAUCCGGCCUUCCAGAUGCUACUGGCCCUGCUUCUGGUGGCCAACGCCAUCACCAUCGCUGCCCGCACUAACAUUUACCUUGGCCAGCAACACUAUGAGUUAUUCUCUGCUAUAGAUGACAUUGUGCUUACAAUUCUCUUGUGUGAGGUUCUGCUCGGCUGGUUUAAUGGAUUCUGGAUCUUCUGGAAGGAUGGAUGGAACAUACUCAACUUUAUAAUCGUCUUGGUGCUGGUGCUGAGCCUCUUCUUCGAAGUGUUCAGUGCUAUUGCUAUCGUUUACACCUUGAGGGCAUUGAGAUUGGUGCAUGUAUGCAUGGCAGUGGAGCCCCUGGCCCGGAUUCUCCGUGUCAUUAUACAAUCUAUUCCUGACAUGGCCAACAUCAUGGCACUCAUCCUCUUCUUCAUGUUGGUUUUCUCUGUUUUUGGAGUCACCCUCUUUGGCUCCAUGGUCCCUAAACAUUUCCAGAAUAUGAAAGUAGCCCUUUAUACACUCUUCAUCUGCAUCACUCAGGAUGGCUGGGUCGACAUCUAUCAGGAAUUUCAGAUGGAUAAUAGGGAAUACGGGCUAGAGAUCGGGGGUGCUGUUUACUUUGCCGUCUUCAUCACCCUUGGUGCCUUCAUCGGCAUUAACCUGUUGGUGGUUGUCGUGACCACGAACCUGGAAGAGAUGAUGAAGGAGAGAGAACGGGAGCAGCAGCAGGAGGUGACUGCUUUCACCAUCCUGGAGGUGACCAAAGAUGAUUACACGAGCGAUGAGAAACCAGAGCUUCAGCUAGUGCACUGUAGGGAAUGCCUGGCAGAUUGGGGAGGGGCCCCAAAGCAGGAGCCGCUGGCUGGGGGACCCAUGCAGAACCUCAACGAGAACACCUGCGACAAUUUCUGUCUUGUGCUCGAAGGCAUCCAGGAGAACCUACAGGCCUACAAGGAGAUCCGGGAGGAGCUCAACAAGAUCGUGGAAGAGGUUCGCUCCAUCCGCUUCAACCAGGAGCAGGAAGAAGAGAUGCUGCGGAAGCGGAGCCGGACCUUUUCAGGCGAGAGCGCAACCUCGGUGCAGAGUCAAGAUAUUCUCUCCAGCCUUAUAAACAAAGAAAAAGUGGGUAGGCUUCCUGAUUUGGGGACGCCCUCCUCCUCAAAUCCACGCUUCUGGAAGAAGACAGUCUCUAUGGGAACCUUAAGAAGAAUCGAUGAAAGGGCAGGACCCAGGGCAAGAGCAGCUGUACCCUUCAUCCCAACCUCCUGGAUCUGCCUGCGGAUUGGGCAUGACCUCGGAAAGUCCCUCCUGUUCUUCCUACCCUCCAGCUCCCUCAUCCUGGGAUGGCGGCUGCUGCUCCAACAGUCAAUUUCUUCCUCAGAAGAUGGGCACAGAGGCCCAGAAGUGGGGGGGCAGGAUACCUGGGUCCCACCCCCAAUUCCCCACUCCACCAGAUACCAAGGAGAAGGGUCAGUGAAAGAGCCUGGACCUGGUGUGAGGUCUUGGGUCUGAAGAGAACAGUCUGGUGUGGGGGGCUGGAGAGAAAAGCUGUUUUAGGAUGGAGAUGGGGAGAUAAUAGGCACUAUGAAAUGGAUCCAGCUCCAGGAAGUGUAAAUUCUCAUUGCUAAAUGGGGCACCUCAGAGUUUGGCUCUGAACUUUCAGGGUGCAUAGGAUUAAGAAUAAAGUGGAGUGUUUUGA